AUGUGGGACUUCCGGUCUCUAAGCGCUUCCGCCCAGAGCCGGAAACUUCGUGGCCGAGGCACCGGGAGGGGCUCGCGGUGCAGACCCACGGGCUGAGGCAGAUCUCGUAUUUUGGAUUCCUGCUGUCCUAUAAUGAGUGACGUUGUGCCGUUAGACGUCAUUGGUAGAAGAGUUGAAGUUAAUGGGGAAUUUGCAACCGUGCGCUUUUGUGGUGCUGUUCCUCCCGUGGCAGGACUCUGGUUAGGAGUUGAAUGGGACAAUCCCGAGAGAGGAAAGCAUGAUGGGAGCCAUGAAGGCACUAUGUAUUUUAAAUGCAGGCACCCAACAGGAGGCUCCUUUGUUCGUCCAAACAAAGUUAAUUUUGGAGUAGACUUUCUUACUGCUCUUAAGAAGCGUUAUGUGUUAGAAGAUGGAUCUGAUGAUGACGGAAAAUCAAGUUCCUUAAAACUUGGAAGUAAACAAGUGCAAACUGUUGGUUUUGACAGUAUCACAAAGAAGCAGAGUCAGCUGAGAGCACUGAAAGACAUUUCCCUGUGGAAGUGUGCUGUGAGUUGUGCUGGUGAACAAGGAAGAAUUGCUGAAGCCUGUCCCAAUAUUCGAGUUGUUAAUUUGUCCAAAAACCUGUUGUCAUCUUGGGAUGAAGUGGUUCUUAUUGCAGAGCAGCUCACCAACCUGGAGGAUCUCGAUCUCAGUGAAAAUAAACUACAGUUUCCCUCUGACUCACCAACUUCAGCUGGAGCGUUUUCUAAUCUGAAGAUUUUAGUCCUAAAUAAAAUGGGAGUAACGUGGGCUGAGGUGCUACGCUGUGCCCCUUCAUGGCCAGUUCUCGAGGAACUCUACCUCAAGUCUAACAGUAUUUCUAUUUCAGAAAGGCCAGUGAACAUCCUGCAGAAGAUGAGGUUACUAGACCUUUCCUCUAACCCAGCCAUUGAUGAAAGUCAGCUGUGCCUCAUAGCAUAUCUUCCCAGAUUAGAACACCUACUCAUUUCUGACACUGGGCUUUCUUCUAUACAUUUUCCGGAUGCUGGAAUUGGGUGCAAAACAUCCAUGUUCCCGUCUUUGCAGUACCUCGUAGUCAAUGACAACAAAAUAUCAGACUGGUCAUUUAUCAAUGAGCUAGAUAAAUUACAGAGCCUCCAGGCUUUGUCCUGUACUAGAAACCCCUUGACUGAAGGAAACAAAGCAAAGGAAAUCAUCAUUGCCAAGAUUGGUCAGCUGAAGACCCUAAACAGAAGUGAGAUUCUUCCAGACGAAAGGCGUGGAGCUGAGCUUGACUACCAAAAAGCCUUUGGAAAUGAAUGGAAAAGGGCUGGCGGACAUACGGAUCCAGACAAAAACAGGCCAAAUGCAGAGUUUCUUUUGGCCCACCCUAGAUACCAGCUUCUCUGCAGCAGUACGUCCAGAAUAUGGUGCACCUGAAGAUGAGGAACUCAAAACACAGCAGCCAUUCAUGCUCAAAAAUCAGUUGCUAAGUAAGAAUCCUUUCACUUACCUGCUUUGUUCUGGGGUCUUGGGUGUCAGCAAAUGGUGAUGGCUUGCUUGAUAGGGAUGAAGUGUGUUUCUCUUAGGUCAGUGGCUUUCAACUUUCCUAAUGCUGCAACCCUUUAAUACAGUUAUUCAUAUUGUGGUGAUCCCCCAACCAUAAAAUUAUUUUUACUGCUAAUUCAUAAUUGUCAUUUUGCUACUGUUAUGAAUUAUAAUGUUAACACCUGUUUUCUAAUGGUUUUAGGCAACCCUAGUGAAAGGGUUCAAGACAACUCACCCAGUUUGUGUUGGGCAUUCUGAUGUCCCCUGCUUCAGACUAUGAAAUAGCCUUCCUUCUAGGUGUAAGAGCAGAGUAGUAAACCACACUGUAAUGUCGAAUCCUGCGCUGUGUCCCACAUGCAGAACCCUCGGUGAACUGUCAGGAGGUAGUGUGGAGGGAAAGAAAAGGCGAUAGAAUGCUGGUUCCGCUGUUUGAGACAUGAUCCUGGCAUAUAAACCCAGGCUGCCUUGUACUCAAUAUCCUCUAUAGCUCCCCCGUUCUGGGACCAUGAUAUCUUUUUGAUUUUUUGUUUUGAGACAAAGUCUCAUAGCUGGCAUGUGUUGUAUAGACUGGACUUGAAUUUGUGACAAUCCUACCAAAAGCCUUUCAAGGUGGGAUUAUAGCCUGGAACUACAGGUAUGUACCACCACACGCUAGCUUCAUGGGAAUAUUAAUUUAUAAGGACUGAGCCAAGUUAUUGUGCCAAACUGAUGCAUUAUCUGGCAAUCUCUUGGGCUGCACGUUUUUACUUAUUGGUGCUAGUAAUGAAACUGAGGUCUUGUGUAUACAAAGUAUGCGCUCUACCUCAGAGGCACAGUCCAGUUCUGUAGUGACAUUUCAUUUGUAUUUUAAUAAAUAAAGCUUGCCUGUAAAACAGCCCCACUGGUCAGCCUUACAGACGAGGCAGUGGUAACACACCUUUAAUCCCAGUUGCCACACAAACCAGGCAGUGAAUGCCUUUAAUCCCAGCCUUAGAAAGGAUUAUAAAAUGGGAGGAAACAGCUCUCAGUCUCAUUCUGAGAUUCCUGGAGGCAGGAUCGCCAUUUUGAACUGAGUUAGAGCUAAGAUCCAGUGGCUGGCUGUUUUGCUUUUGUGAUCUUCAGGUUGAACCCCAGUUUCUCUCUGAGUUUUUAUUAAUUUUGCAUCACAGUUCUACAUGCAUACUGUAAAUCCCUGCUAUGGUGGUUAUUAACUUUUUACCUUUUUCCUUAAAGCAUUGAAGAUAAAGUGCUCAAGCAAACCUGAACAGAAAGUAUUAGAAAAGCAGUUG